AACUGCGCGCAAGCAGCACUAAAACCAAUGCGACCCGACGCUUGGUGGGGCCUAAAAUAUUUAUCGAUAACAAAUUAGGCUAGGUUAGUAUUGUCUUAUCGUCUUAUCACCGCCACUUUUUUUAUACAUUGCGCUACCUCAACGCACCUAUCAUUCACAAGUACAUACAUACAACAUCGAAAGCUCAAUAGAUCAAACAACCCCCCUUAUCAAAAUGGAACGAAUAGGGGCCCACAAGCGCAAGGCGCCACUUGCAAGCUUACAACGUCGUGUAAAGGCGAGAAGAGAUGAACCGGAAGAGAUCCCCAGCGACCAAUCCCAAGGAGAGGAGAGUAGUGAGGACGAGGGUUCCGAAGGACAGAGCGACGAGGAAGAGGAUGGCGAUGAGUCAGGUUCCUCAUCUGAGGAAGACGAAGACGAAGUAGAAGACCCAUCAGCAGCCGCCUCACACAUCUCCUUCGGCGCCUUAGCCAAAGCUCAAGCAUCUCUCCCCGGUACGCGGCGAGGGAAAGGGCGCAAAGGCCAAGACGAGGCAGAGGAAGAGGCAGAAGACAACGACAAGCAGCGCAAAGACCCACGAUCCGAGUCCAAAGCGAAAACACCCAUGCCGCACCGUACCAACAAGCACGCCCCCACCGAGCAAACCAGCAAGCGCCAAGUCACCCGCCGACGAGAAGUCAUAGCAACGCACAAGCCCGUAGCGCGAGACCCGCGAUUCUCCGCCGCCGUCCAGGGACGGCCCAUAGACGAGGAGCGGCUCCACCGCGCCUACGGCUUCCUCGACGAGUACCGAGACUCCGAGAUAGCACAGCUACGGGCCGCGGCCAAGAAGACCAAAGACGCGGCCGCCAAGGAGGAACUCAAGCGCGCGCUAGCCUCGAUGGAGGGCAAGAAGAAGGCCCAGCAGGCGCGCGAGGCGGAGCGCAAGCUGCUCGAGGAGCACCGCCGGCGGGAGAAGGAGCUCGUGAAGCAGGGCAAGAAGCCCUUCUAUCUCAAGCGCAGCGAGCAGAAGAAGCAGUUACUCGUCGACCGGUUUGCGGGCCUGAAGGGCAAGCAGGUUGAUCGGGUGAUUGAGCGGCGUAGGAAGAAGUUGGCCUCGAAGGAGAGGAGGGAUAUGCCGAUGGAGAGGCGGGAGAGGUCAUGAUGGAUAGAUGGAUAUACCAGGUGACGAUGAUGAUGAUUAAAGGGGUUUUGAUGUUACGAGCAGCAUGGUAGGGUCUGGCAUAUACACAUACAUAGGUACCUACCUAAGGUUAGGUACAUAGCCCGCGACCUGCGGUUUAUGACAGUUAUUAUGA